CCCCGGCCCCGGCCCCGGCUUCGGCCCCGGCCCCCGCCCCCCCCGGCCGCGCCCCCGGCUCCGGCUCCGGCCCCGGCCCCGGCCCCGGCCUCGGCCCAUGGCGGCCCAGUGCUGCUGCCGCAAGGGACCGGGGGCCGCGGGGCCCGAGGCUGCGGCGGCUGCGGCUGCUGCUGCUGCGGCAGCGACUGUGGCCCCAGUGGCGGCCGCCCCGGACGUGGCCUCGGCCGCCAGCUCGCAGCUCUUCCGCCUGCGCCAUCUGCAGCUGGGGCUCGAGCUGCGGCCAGCCGCGCGGGAGCUGGCGGGCUGCCUGGUGCUGGAACUGUGCGCGCUGCGGCCCGGGCCCCCGGCGCUCGUACUCGACGCGCACCCCGCCGUGCGCCUGCACUCGGCUGCCUACCGGCCCGCCGCGCCGGGCCAGCCGCCCUGCUCCUUCGCCUUCGCCCCCGACCUGGCCCCGAGCCCCGCUCCCCCCUCCUCGGCCGAGUGCCCGGGUCCCGCGCCCUGCUGCACGCCGCCCCGCGGCCCGGACCCCGCCGAGCAGCCCGACCCUGAGCUCGGACCCUGCCCCGACGCCGGCCGGCCGCCCGAUCAUCCUGCGCUCGGACACUGCCCCGAUGCCGACCGGCCACCUGAUCCUCCUGAGCUCGGACCCUAUCCAGACACCGACCGACUGCCCGAUUAUCCAGCGCUCGGACCCUGCCAUGACGCCGACCAGCCACCGGACCCUGCGCUCGAACUCUGCCCAGACGCCGGUCAGCCGCUGGAACCCGAGCCCCCCGCGGCGCCCAGCCCCCCACCGCCCCUGCCCACUUUCCCGGGCGCGCCGCCGGGGCCCUGCCACCCUCUGCUCUUCCGGGUGGAACCCUUCACGGACUACGGCUCGUCCCUGACCAUCAGCCUCCCAGGCGCACUGCAGCCCCACCAGCCCUUCCACAUUGUGUUGCGCUACACCAGCAGUGACGCCCCCGCCAUCUGGUGGUUGGAUCCUGAGCUGACCUACAGUAAUUCCAAGCCAUUCGUCUUCACCCAGGGCCACUCUGUGUGCAACCGCUCCUUCUUCCCUUGUUUUGACACACCGGCGGUGAAGUGCACUUACUCAGCGACGGUCAAGGCUCCCGCUGGGGUCCAGGUGCUGAUGAGCGCCACCCAAAGUGCCUACCUGGAGAAGGAGGGCGUGUACCAGUUUCACAUGGAGUACCCAGUGCCCGCCUACUUGGUGGCACUGGUAGCAGGAGAGCUCGUGCCAGCAGACAUUGGGCCCAGGAGUAGAGUAUGGGCUGAGCCAUGUCUUUUGUCAACUGCCACAAGCAAACUGUCUGGGCUGGUGGAACAGUGGUUGAGUGUCGCUGAGAAACUCUACGGGCCCUACCUGUGGGGCAGGUAUGACAUUGUCUUCCUCCCGCCUUCCUUCCCCAUCGUGGCAAUGGAGAAUCCCUGCCUGACCUUCAUCAUCUCCUCCAUCUUGGAAAGUGAUGAAUUCCUCAUCAUCGACAUCAUCCACGAAGUGGCUCACAGCUGGUUCGGCAAUGCAGUCACCAAUGCCACGUGGGAGGAGAUGUGGCUGAGUGAGGGGCUGGCCACCUAUGCCCAGCGCCGCAUCACCACGGAGACCUAUGGCGCUGCCUUCACAUGCCUGGAGACUGCGUUCCGCCUUGAUGCUCUUCAUCGCCAGAUGAAGCUUCUUGGGGAGGACAACCCCGUCAGCAAGCUGCAAGUCAAACUGGAACCAGGGGUGAAUCCCAGCAACCUGAUGAACUUGUUCACCUACGAGAAGGGCUACUGCUUUGUCUACUACCUGUCACAACUCUGUGGAGACCCUCAGCACUUUGACUCCUUCCUUCGAGCCUAUGUGGAGAAGUACAAGUUCACCAGCGUCGUCGCCCAAGAUCUUCUGGAUUCCUUCCUGAAUUUCUUUCCUGAGCUGAAGGAGCAGAGUGUGGACAGCAAAGCAGGGCUGGAGUUUGAGCGCUGGCUCAAUGCCACGGGGCCUCCGCUGGCUGAGCCAGACUUAUCACAGGGCUCCAGCCUGACCAGGCCUGUGGAGACCCUCUUCCGACUGUGGACGGCGGAGCCCCUGGAACAGGCAGCGGCUUCCGCCAGCAGCAUCGAUAUCUCCAAAUGGAAAACGUUCCAGACCGUUCUCUUCCUGGAUCGACUCCUGGAUGGGUCCCCACUGCCCCAGGAAGUGGUGAUGAGGCUCUCCAAGUGCUACUCCUCCCUCCUGGACUCCAUGAAUGCUGAGAUCCGCAUCCGAUGGCUCCAGAUUGUUGUCCGCAAUGACUACUACCCAGACCUCUACAAAGUGCGGCGGUUCCUGGAGAGCCAGAUGUCCCGUAUGUACACCAUCCCGCUCUACGAGGAUCUUUGCACCGGGGCCCUCAAGUCCUUCGCUUUGGAAGUUUUCUACCAGACCCAGGGCCGGCUGCACCCCAACCUUCGGAAAACGAUCCAGCAGAUCCUGGCCCAGGGCCUGGCCUCCCCUGCCCCCUCGGACCCCCCGGCCCUGGCCAUUGCCACAGACACGCCAGCCCUGCUGCUGGAGGACAAGCCCCCCGAAGCCACAAAUGGUGCCAUCUCUCUCAGGGACGUCAAUGUGUCUGCCUAGCCCCAGCCUCCCGUUCGGGGGGACCCCGGCGCCCCGGCGGUGGUCUUGGUUCGGGAUUGCUCGGCGAUUCCAGCUACCGAGAAUGUGCCUUCCCACGCCCAUCCCGGAUGGGGCUCGGGGUAUCUUCCAAGUGUACGUUGGAGGGGCUCCCUCGCUGGGCCCAGAGCAGGGGCUCAUGGCAGGGCUCCCUGAAGGGACUCCUCGGCACCCCGAGAAGUCCACCCGGCCACCGUCCAGGGGGGACUCUCGUCCAGGGGCAGUUGGCCGCUUACCUCAGGGUUCGGGGUUGCUCAGGGGAUGGGAGGGACUCCCUGCCCCUGGGAAACUAGCAACCUCAUUACCACUUCCCGGGCUGGGAGAAAGCUAGGAGGGGCCCCUGCCAAGGGGCGACCACACGAGCCUCGACCCCCCCCAGGCGGCCCCGAGCUUGCCCUUGUCCGGGCUGGGAGGGGGCCUUGCUGUAUCUCACGAUGAGGUUGGGGACGCAGCAGGUGAGAGCGACCCUUCCCUUCUCCUCCUUGCCCCCACGCCCACCCCCAGGCUCGGGCUCUUACGCCCCUUCCCCUCCCCUCUCUGACCCUGACGACCGCCACACUGUGCCUUACGUCUGCCCGAGAAGGCGUAGGAUGAGCCUUUUUUCUAGACAUGCCCCCGGAGCCCCCUCCCGUCUCCCUCGCCUCCAUUCCUAACUCUCCUUUGGGGACAGCGUGCAAGCCAGGGCCAGGGGUGGGCUCUGUGGGCAGACGGGCAGCUGCCCGACCCGACGAGGGGACUCUCAGCCUUACCCCCUGCCCCAGCCCACCCCAUUCCACCCAAGCGAGAUCCGAAGCCAGCGAGGCCCAUGGAGGAGGGUGCUCAGAGGAGGAGAUGGCAGGGUGGGCACACGGAGGUGGCUGGGGCAGCCUGGAGGGUGGGGACCUUCCCCGCCCUGGAUGUCUUCAGCCAAGGCCAGGGAGCCGUCGCUCUUGGUCCAACAGGAAGCUCUAGCCAGGCUGCCUUCAAAUGGAGGGUAGCAGGCGGGCCGGUGGAGCCUGGAGCUCUCGCCUGGGUGGGCUUUUCAUCCAGGGGUAGGUGGGUGACUAAGCACCUGCCCUGAAGCUCUCUGUACCUCCCUGUUAGCCCUGUGUGGGGGCCGGGCUGGGAUCAAAGCAAUAAGAGCUGCCCAGGAUAGUCCCGCAGGACCAUUUCUCAGCCAUGUCACAGCCCCUCCCCAGCCCCCCCCACUCCCCACCCCUCCCCCCACUACCGACUUGCACCAACCCUGUGAUGAGUAUUUGACUUCUCCCCCUCCGUCUACAGGGAUAUCUUGUCAGGGAGAGGAACACGCAACUCGGUCUUGCUGUUCCCCGUUGAAUAGAGACUGAUUGGGGAGGCACAUCCUUCCCGGCCCCCGGCCUUACCACUAAGGGGUCCCCAGGGGUCCUCAGACACCACUUCCAGCGGCCAUAUCCCCACCGGGAGCAGCCAGCGUGAAAGCCAGCCAUGAGCCCCGCAGGAAUGCCCGUCCCAUCCCGCCACCAGCCAGGGAAUGACCAGUAAAACUGGCACGAAAGCCUUUUGCUGUUCCCAGCCAUUGUCCAAUUUGAGCACCCUUGGGGACCUUCUGCCCUCCGGCUCCUCGCCUGGUCCAUCCUCCCCCUCAGUGUUGGCAGUCACCCUCCCGGGGAGCCUGCGGGCAGGGCAGGAGACAGACUGGAUGACUUCCUGUAAAGCUCCUUCUCCUGUGAUUAACCUGAGUGGAGAGAUUUGCAUUACUAACCACAGCUUCCUUCCUCACAGGGGACUUUUCUGACAUGACCACUAAGAAGACUGGGCAGAAGACUGUGCAGCUGCUGCCUUGGGGAGGGGAGUGAGAUGGGCAGGAGGGCUUGGAAAGAGAAGAGAAAGGGAGUACCCACAAUGCCCUGCUCGAGAAACCAUGCCCCUGGGGCACUGGCAGCCUCUUGAGGGCAGGGUGAUGGGAAAGGAAGAGUAAGACGGGAAGUAGGUGAGAAAGGAGCUAGAAGGGCCCAAGCUGAAGUGCCGGGCAUCGAUGCCCGUUGGUGGAACAUCCUGCCAGAGCAGACGGCUUCAGGGUUUACAAAAUGAAGAGCUUUCCCCCCUUAUGUGAUUUCAGCAGGGGCAUAUCCUGUUCCUAACCCUGCUUGCCCCAGACAGGAGGCUCUAGGAAUGUGGUAUGAAAGCCACCUUGUUCCCAGUAUUGACCUUCCAUUCCUGGUCAAACCUUUCAAGGGAGUGGACUUUGCUGCUCCCUCUCUUCUCCAACAAUUCCUACUAGACUGUAAGCUCCAUGAGGGCAGAGAUUGUGUCUUAUCUAAAUUUUGUAUCUCCCACGGAACUUAGUACCAUGCUCUGCACACAGUUGGUGCUUAAUAAAUGUUGAAUUGAA